AUGAUUAAGUGGGUGAAAUAUAAAACGGUACCACGAAUUUUAUACGAUUUUUCGCAAGAAUGGUACAAAAAGGACCACGACCAUUGUGUGUCGCAUACUACUAGAGCACCACGUUCGGGUGAAAAGGAUGGUAUACAUUAUCAUUUCACUAAUAAAGAAGAUAUGAUUGCUGCCAUUGAAAAGGGGGAAUUUAUAGAAACAGCAACAUUCAGUGGAAAUAUGUAUGGAACAAGCAUUAAUGCAGUUGAAGAAGUUCGACGUACAGGCAAGAUCUGUGUUCUUGAUAUUGAAAUGGAAGGAGUUAAACAAGUAAAAUGUACAGAUCUGGAUCCACUUUUAGUGUUUGUAAUGCCCCCAUCAAUUGAGGAACUCGAAAGACGACUCCGUCGGCGUAACACGGAACAGGAAGAAGCUUUAAAAAAGAGAUUAGAAACUGCAAGACGGGAAAUUGAAUUUGGUCAACAGCCUGGGAAUUUCCAUGUUAUCAUUCUCAAUGAUAAUUUGGAUAAAGCAUAUUCAGAGCUAUGUGAAUUUAUCGCUAAGAAUGUUCCAGGUAAAGGAGAAGAGACAAAUGGCACAAAUGAAAACUGA